AUGGAAUUCCUGGCACUCGUGGCUGUAUUGGGCUUCAGCAUCGUGCCCGCGCUCGGGGCACAGUGUAGAUGUACUCCCAUUGACAGCUGCUGGAAAAGCCUCGACUGGAAUGCGUUAAAUGCGACCGUGUCUGGUAAGCUCAUUCACAACACGCCGCCAGCCCUCCCUUGCUAUCCUGGCCCGCAGCACAACGAGCAGGAAUGUGCAUACGUCAAUUCGCAAUGGUCCAACACGACCUUUCAGGCAGAUGAACCCAUCGGGUACAGCAAUCCGCUCGUCAAUACCUGUCCUGCCGUCAACCAGACAGCUGGGGAAGUACCAUGGCGCAAGUGUGGUCUUGGGCCAUCGCCAGUGUACACCAUCAAUGCCUCUGAGCCGGAGGAAUUAGUGGCAGGAAUUGCAUUUGCACGAGAGAAUAACGUGUGUCUGGUUGUUCGAAACACUGGACAUGAUUUGCUGGGCAAGUCCACGGGCUACGGGUCGCUUCAGAUCUGGAUGAGAUAUCUGCGUAAGGGCAUUGCGUAUCAGGAGGGAUUUAAGCCCUCAAUUUCUUGCUCCAAGUGCGACUGGACUGGUGCUGCCUUGACGGUCGCAGGGGGGUAUGUUUGGGAAGAUGUCUACCAGGAAGCAUUCGCCCGCAAUUUGAUUGUCGUUGGUGGAGGAGACCCGACAGUCAGCGUCAUCGGUGGCUAUAUCCAAGGGGGCGGCCAUUCCCCAGCAGCCCGCGACUUUGGCCUGGCCAGCGACCAGAUCCUGGAAGCGCAGGUCAUCCUAGCAGAUGGGACUAUGGUCACUGCAAAUUCAUGCUCCCAUCCAGAUCUCUUCACAGCGCUCCGUGGUGGCGGUGGAGGCACCUAUGGCGUGGUUGUUUCUGUCACUAUCAAGGCAUUUCCGUCCAAACCGGUCGUUGCGCACUCUCUCGUCAUAACACCCCGGUCGCCACAUAAGCUGGACUCGUUCCUAGAUGCAAUUGCGGAUCUUUAUUCAUACUUUCCUGCUAUUUCCGAUGCCGGUUUUUCAGGGUAUGGCUCCUGGUCAGUGAACGAUCCAGCCGGCACAUACGCGAACUCUUCAACCGGAUACCAACAUGCCCUUGCAGCCCUGGAUAAACCCCUGCCAGCUGCCAAAGCAGCCUUCAAACCGGUUCUGGAUAGGCUUUCUUCCUAUGAAUCUAUCAAUAUUUCCAUCCAGUGGUUUGAGUUUCCAUCGUAUUCGGCGUAUUAUCGCGCCCUGUCCGGCGUGCGCCAGCCAACUGGAGUCCCUGAGUCUGCGCUCGCUUCUCGCAUGUUUGACAAGAAUUCUCUGACCUCAAAUAGCGAUGCCCUCCGUGGAGUUAUUGGAACACUAGCAGGACAUCCCAAAGAGAGCACUGUCAAUCAGGUUCUCUUGGUUGGUGGUGGAAAGGUGCUCGACGGGCCAGAGUACAGCGGCAUAAACCCAGCAUGGCGAAAGACAUAUCUCGUCCACAUUGUCGCGCGUGGAUGGCAGGAGACAGCUGGAUCGCUUGUUGGGGAAGCCGUCAAGGCUGAUAUUACCUAUAAUAAGUACCAGGCUAUGCGCGAGUUGACUCCGUCGAUGGGGAGUUAUCUUAACGAGGCUGAUCGGAAUAAUCCGUGGUGGGAACAAGACUUCUAUGGCGAGAACUACGAUCGGCUCCUUGAUAUCAAGAAUAAAUACGAUCCAGAGGGCAUCUUCUAUUGUCCAACCUGCGUUGGGAGCUCGUCUUGGUUCCAGCAGACCCUGCCCGGGAAGGAUUAUGGGCCUCUAUGUACUGAUGGAUGA